GAUCAGAGCAAAUGUGCAUUCUCACAUCACACACACAUAGUUACUUUCAGAGUGUUAGAAAAGGUUAUUCCAAUGGCCACUCUUGUUCUUCAUCAUCAAACUUCUCCUGCUCAAGAUGCUGAGGCUCUUCAUCAAGCUUUCAAAGGAUGGGGUUCUGAUGGCAAGGCCAUUAUAGCUAUACUGGGUCACAGAAAUGUUCAUCAGAGACAGGAAAUCAUAAAGGCUUAUGAAGAGAUUUACCAAGAGAAUCUCAUCAAACGCCUUGAGUCAGAGAUCUCUGGUGAUUUUGAGAGAGCUGUGUAUCGGUGGAUGUUGGAGCCUGCAGAUCGUGAUGCUGUUUUGAUGAAUGUAGCAAUAAAGAAUGGUCCAAAAGAGUAUAAUGUGAUUGCAGAGAUUGCUAGUGUUCUUUCAGCUAAAGAACUUUUAGCAGUUAGGAGUGCCUAUCAUGAUCGCUACAAACGUUCUUUGGAAGAAGAUGUGGCAGCACACACCACUGGCCAUCUUCGCCAGCUUUUGGUUGGACUGGUGAGCUCAUACAGGUACGAGGGUGAUGAGAUCAAUGUAAAAUUGGCACAAACUGAAGCUAAUAUUCUUCAUGAAUCAAUCAAGGAGAAGAAAGCUAACUAUGAAGAAGUUACAAGAAUUCUCACCACAAGAAGCAAAACUCAACUUGUUGCAACUUUCAACCGCUAUAGAGAUGAACAUGGAUUUUCCAUUAGUAAGAAAUUGGUUGAUCAGUCAUCAGAUGAUUUUGUCAAGGUAUCGCACACAGUCAUUCGUGGCAUCAAUGACCACAAAAAGUACUAUGAGAAGGUUUUACGCAAUGCAAUGAAAAAGUUUGGAACUGAUGAGGAUGGGUUGACUCGUGUGAUUGUAACAAGGGCUGAGAAAGAUUUGAAGGACAUCAAAGAGGUGUACUACAAGAGGAACAGUGUUCAUCUUGAAGAUGCUGUGUCCAAGGAAAUCUCAGGAGACUACAAGAGGUUCAUCCUUGCACUGCUGGGGAAGCAAGACUAAAGAACUUGCCCUAAUUAAGGGCAUACCCUAGAAAUAAUGAGUUUCUGAUGUGUUGUUUCAUUAGGUCAGUUUGUGUCUUGUUUGAGGGCAUAUGUGCCUUUUCCUUGAGUUAUGUGUCAGUACUUUGUUUUUCUCUUAUUUGACAGCAUCUAUCUAUGCUGUUUUCCUUUCAGAAUUCCUUUGAGUUAUGUUGUCUGUUACUUCAUUUAAUAAAAGCUCAUUAUCA